AUGCCGUCGGAACGGAAACCACGUGGUUCCGUCUCGGGAGAUCUGCCUGCAAGUGGCGCCCCAGCAGCACCGCCCGAUCCCUCGGACUCUUCAGACGAAUCCGAGGGAUCCCCGGAAGGGGAUUUCCCGGAUGACGUCAUCCCCCCCGAGGAGUUUCCCUUUGAUGCGGAAACCGAUCCUCCAGACGAUCCGGGAACCCUCGAUCUCCGCAGCUGGGAACGGGAAGCUCAAGGGGUUCAGGCCAAGGAGCCCCAGAUUGAUCCUCCACUCAGUCAGCGGCAAAACGUCAAGGACGUUCUCGACCGCUUGGACGACCAACCGGGAGAGCCCGGGGCAGAGCACGAGACGGCGCUUCUGGCAGAACUGGACAACUUGCAGUCGGCUAUCCCUGAUGCAGCUGACUUUGUGGCAGGGAAUUUCUCCACGCAUCUGCCGGCCUGGGAAGAAAUGUUAAAAACAAACCGGACCAGGUCCGCUCGGCGCGUCCUCAGCUGGCUACGCCAUGGGUUCAAACCGACCUUCGCCCGACCGGAACUAGCGAGACCGGAAAAGCGGAAAGUGGUGCUAAGCAUGCUCCAGAAGGAGUAUCCAAACCGAACCCCCGGGGAGUUCCUCACCGGAACCCAGCCGCACAAAGUGGCGUUUCGGAACCACCAGUCCUUUUACAAGCACUGU